UUUCCUCCGCGUCGCUAGGGUCUCCGCCCCUCGGAGCCGCCGCCCCGGACCCCGCAGAGCGUCGCUGCGGGACGCGCCCGCAGCACCCGAACCCCGAACAUCCCGGCGCGCGCCCGCGUGCGGGACCGAGCCGCUGCGCAGACCCCACAUCCGCAUUCCAACUCCGAGUUGGGACUGCUCCGGUACCCGUGCGUCACCCGAACUCGACCCUCGGGGCUCCGAGGUGACCCCUCUCCCGGCACCGUUCGCUGUCCUCGUGGCCGGCCCCUCUCCGUGUCUCGGCAUCCCGGCCCGGGCUCCGGCUCCGGCGAGGGUAAUGAAGCUGGAAGCCAGGUGUGGUGCAGCCAGCUCAGAAGUCCCUAAGCCUGAAAAGGAGGCCGAGCCAGAUGCGGAACCACACUCAGACACCUGGCCACAGGGGGCUGCGGCCCAGUCCAGAUCCGGAUCGGGGCUUGAGGCUGAGACUGAGACCCUGGGGGUUGAGUCAGGGCCUGAGGCCAAGGCCAAGUCCUUGGAGGCCAACCCCAGGUCCGGAUCGGGGCCUGAGGCUAAGGCCACGGACUUCGUGGUGGCCACAGAACGAGAGUUUGAGGAGAUGCUGGCCAUCCUCGACUACCUUCUCAGCCGCUACCACAGCCGGCUCCGGGAUCCCGACCGCACCGUGGUGCUGGCCACUAACGGAGGAGUGAUCGCUCUGGAGUCGGUGCACGUGAUCGACACCAGGGAGGCCGCGCUGGUGGAGGGGCUGCGCGUGGCGCCCUGGGAGUGCGGCAAGGGCGUCGCGGGGCUUCUGCUGGUCAAGCGACAGCAUCCGGUCAAGGUGGCACAGCUCACCUGGGACGACCAGCCGGGCCUCCGGGAGCUGAAGAAAUACCGCCUAAUCACCAAGCAGGGCAUUCUUUUGGUCGGAUUCAACGCCUCAACGCUACCGGCUGGGCUGGGCGUGCGGCUGACGGUGCUGAGGGCCUCUGGCACCUUCUCGCGGCUGCCCACCGAGGCCGUGUCGGAGGCUGGUGGCGACGUGGCACGCCUCCUGCUGUCGCCCUCCGUGCAGCGCGACGUGCUUCCGGGCGGGGCCAUCAUCCAGGACUGGCAGCCCUAUCGACCGAGUGAGAGCAACCUGCGCCUGCUGGUGGCCAAGGGCCUGGAGGCGCGUGGACAGCCGCGCGUGCUCACGCUGUGCACGCGCCCCUUCCCCAUCCCACAGGGUGGUGACGACACGUGGCGCUACCUCAACAUCAACGCCUUCAGCAGCGACAGCGCGCAGGUGCAGAGCCAGCCUUUGUGGCACCUGCAGCGCCAGGCCCUGCGCGUCGCCGGCCUCAUCGUCAUGUGCCAGCUUUUCCUAGAGCUCCAGUUAUGGUCACAACUGGCUGACUUCUGCCAGGACGGCUUGGUGCUUGAGCCGGUCAAGGGUUAUACAGAGCAGUACCUGCUGGAGGCCGACAUCUAGGGCCUCUCCUAUCGCAGUGGAGAGAAGAGACCCUGUAGAUCGGCGCUCCGGCGCUGAUCUCCAAGAAAGCCCUGCCCUCCACGUUUGCGAGUUCCUCCUCCUUCCCCUGCGCUCCGCGGUCGGCUCCGAAACCUAACCCUACUGGGAGCGCCCUCCCUAAACUCUUACCCUUACUUCUUGCCUCUAGCGCCCCCAAAAGCUGUUGCCCACGCCUUGAUCCGAACCGCCGGGUUUGGGGGAGGCGCUUGCGCUGCUAUUGUUCACCCUUUCCCCCUUACCGGCCAAAGAAUGGGUUCCUUCCCAGGCUUCAGAGCCUUUCCUUGUCCGUCACCCUGGCCUGACUGAACUCUGCUCUUCCUGGCUUCUCCCUUCUGCCCCCUCGCGGGUGGAAGCGGGCAGAAGGACGUGCUACCCUCAGCGGCCCAAGACCUAUUACUUUUCUUCUACCCUUUCCCAAGCUCUCAGAGCUUGCCCCGCACUCCCCUCCUUGCCUCGCUCUCAGCCUCCUGUGCGGGCUUCUUCAUCGGAGUCCUCUCCCUCCUUCUCUCUCUGCCCCAUCCUCCUCCUCCCUGGGCCUCCCAAACGCUUAGCUCCUCAUGCCCCAUUUACUCCUCCAUUCCUCUUCCCCAUGACCUUUUCAUCACCCGCCCUGUGUGCAAUACAGAGAGAGAGCCUGUCAAUGAACUAGAAUUAUAAUGCCCUGUUGCCCCUCUGGGGACGCAUCUUUCCAAGCCUGCUCCCUCUGACAGGUUUCCUCCAACUUUGCACCAUGUUGCUAUUUCAGUCGCCCCCUUCCCAUGCCCCCAACCAGAGGCCUGAACCAGGCCAUGGACCAGCGUUGUUGAGCUGGAGACUUUGGUGUGGGGAGGGCAGAUCCCUCAGCCCAGUAUGGGGCUGUCUUCUGGUUCUAACCAGGCUGCCUUCUAGCACCACUGGAACCCCCACCUCCAGAUAUUUCUGGACAUCCCUCCCUUUCCUCUGAUUUCUUUAUGCUUUAUGGACUUUGGCAGUUUCCUAUUUGAAUGCAAGUAGUAACAGCUGCAAUUGCACAGCGCUGUCUUCCUACACUGGAUCCUCACGUCUACCACAGAGGGAGGAAACAGAGGCUCUCAAAGAUCAAAGUGACUUCCAAGUCAUUCAGAGUAGCUGGGAGCCUGACAGGGACUAGAACUCAGGUGUCCCAAGCCCUGAGCACGCCUCAGAACCGCACUCUGUGUGACCAUGAGUGCUUGAACUUCUUGUUGAACGAUGGACAGUUGGUGGGGAUCUGUUGACAGCAAGCACAGGGGGCGCUGGGGUUGGAAUCAAAGACAUGGGCAGAGAAGGGAGCCUGGACGUGGAAGAAGGUGGGCAAACAGGACAGCUGCUGCCCCAUCACUCCCCCCGGUUCUGGUUCUGCUGCCUUGCUUGGCUGCCUUCUGCGUCUGGCCAUGCUGCCACCCUCCCUGUCACUUCAACCGUGGCUGUAUUGCAAUAAAACGGACCCUUAGCCCAC